UCGACAUUAUGAAUUCAACAGUGAACGUGGCGUUUCUUUACUAUAAUACUAUCGGAUCAAAUCUUUAGUAUUCCCUGAUGAGAAAUAGAUGAGAAAAAUUUUCAUUGGCAAAAAUCUGAGGAGAUGCGAUGCAUCGCAGAUUUUCAAUUUGAAACUCUUGCAAUUUGAAUUCGAUCGAAGGUGUGUACUGAACGACGUAAGAAGAGUUUUACGAGGAGAAACAGUUGUCGAGAAAAGGGGAGGAUGGCGAGUGAAGUGAUGCUGGCGCCCACGCCGGCAUCUACGACGUCCAUACGUGAGAUGGACGACGUCAGGGAUAUGGUUAGAAGUGCGACCGUCACCACGAUUUACGCCAAACAACGUGCCUCCGUAAAAUGGCUCCUGUCGAAGGCAUACAACAAUCGAGUGCCAGAAAAACUUCGCGACCCCUAUUAUCGUGAUCAUGAGGAACAAGAGCAUUUGAAACCGCAAAUCGUACACGCGCUUUCCAAUGCGGAGCUCUACUGCCUCGCGCUGGCCAACAUAUACUCGGAUCCUAACUAUCACAAUCAGAAUCACUACGGGAUCCUGCAAGCCUUGGCCAGGAAAGGUGUCUACGUCGCGGAGCAGAACAAUACUCAGCUCACCGAAACGAUCCUCAUUCAAAAUUCACCACUUAAGAUGUCCGCGCAUAUGGCUGUGAUAGAAGGCCUGAUGGUCUUGUACGCGAAAGAGGUGGUGACGGGAGACCGGGUGGUCUCGGCGAUACAACGGUUCGAUCCCCAGGCCGAGGUGGACGUGCCGUCGGAUCAUGAGAAGGGUCUCUUGCUCUGGAUCAAUCACGCGUCGCACGCGCUAAUUGCCAAGAUUCAGAGCGAGGAGGGUGGUGGCGACAAGACGCGGCUGCCUGAAUUACCCGCUGCCAAGGACUUUCAAUCCCUUUGCGACGGUGUCGGCCUGGCGGCUGUUGUAGCUUUCUACUGUCCUAGCGAACUCAAUUGGAUGGAGAUUAGGGUGUCGAAAAGACCUUCGGUAGCGGACGCACUGCACAAUCUCUCUCUGGUGCACGCGUUCUGCGUCAAAUGCCUGCCCUACUCGAUUUUCCACAUGCAGCCUGAUGACGUUACGUACAUGAGAGGGUCGAUGAAACAGAAUCUAGUGGUCUUUCUGGCUGACAUGUACAACGUCUUGGAGAUUCAUCCAGCGAAAUGCGUGCGCUAUCCUGGUGAGGAGCGGGCGAUGCAAUACCUAGAUGCCUGCCCGCGCAAUAGUCAUGGCGUAGCUCAUAAGAGAAGCCUGCCACAGUCUAUAGCUCCGAUACCUGAUCUGAGAAGCAACCUCUCCGUAACCGCGCCAGGUUUCACAGUUACGAAGUCAACAUCAGGCAGUACCGUGAAGAAGUCGCAAUCUUUGCAACAAACUGCCGAGAGUCACCCGUACGAUGAUAGGCGCGCAGGUAGCGAAGAGAGUUUCAUAGUGCAUCGUGGCAAAGGCAUUCCCACGCUGAGCUCCGUAGCCGAUGAGAAGUCCAUUAGAACUGAAGCCGCUGGUCGGCCGAGCAAUUGGGAAGAACAACGACGGAGCUCCUAUGCCGGACGUCGGUCAAGGCGGAACAGUAUCACGGAUGAUUCUCAAUUGACUAUCGAGAACUUCGGUGGGUCUCAGGAUAAUUUACACAAUUUUGGUAGAAAUCCGGAUAAAGAGCUAGGCGCGCACACUGGCAAGCGCAACGCUACCGAACCAACGUUGCCUGCACGAUCCAGCGUCCAAGAUGUGUACGGUAGCGGUGUGCAGCACAUAAUCGCGGACAACGGUUACAGCGGCAGCGAAGAGCCGAUGAGGCUGCGACGACAGGCGUCCAACAGCAGCCUAGAUAACGUCGCUCUCCGGCAAAUCUUACAUUCCAACGUAGAGAACGACAGUAGUACGGAUGGUAGUAGUGGUGGUGGUGGCGAUGUCCCCACGAAGUUCGCCAGCUUUGCGAAUUUGAGUAGGCAGAGCUCAGAAAAAGGAAUCAAUUUCACGUAUACGGAACAAGAUGACGCUAAAUCGAACAGGAAACAUGGCCAGAGUAAUGGGAAUAGUGAAAAGAAAACAACGUUUGCCACUCUGCCAAACACAACCACGUGGCAACAACAGAGCAGUCAGCAAUCGCAGCAGAUGGAGCAACAUUCAAUUGAUGAGAACGGCGGUAAUACCAUAAUGGCCUCGCAGCUGAAUAAUAUACGACUGAAGCUCGAGGAGAAGCGACGACACAUAGAGAACGAGAAGCGAAGGAUGGAAGUUGUUAUGUCGAAGCAACGGCAGAAAGUGGGAAAGGCUGCUUUUUUGCAAGCGGUCACGAAGGGUAAGGUUAAAUCUCCCUCUUCGUCAACGUCCGGGGGGGACAGUCCGGCCGAGACAGUCGGUCCCCCCACUCCUGUAACCUCCGGAUCUUCCGGGGCGACUCCGACGAGCGUUUCCGAGGCGUCCUCUGUACCCCAACAACCCCUUCAAGAAAAACCACAGAGACCCUUCUCGCUCAAGGAAAUUAGCGAGGAUGUACGGGAUGUCGAGCACAAGUGGCUGGAGCACGACGGUAAUGCGCCAUUCAUCGAGACCAGACGUACUCCAGAUAUCGAGAAUAUGGAUCCCGAACAGUAUCGUCAAUCCAUAACACAUAUGAACAAUAGCCUGAGCGAAAUUCAAGCGGAUAUACAGCGUUUGGCAAACCAGCAGAAUCAGAUUCAACAGCAGCACCUGAUGUCGCAGCACCAGAAACAGAUGCAGCAACAGCUUCAGCAGCUGCAGAGUCUCAGUCAUCAGCACAUGCAAACUUACGGAAUGCCACCAAUGAAUCCGUCAACGCCUAGACUGCAAGAUUCGCAACAAUCGCAGUUUUACUUACAUGAUCAGCCGCAAGUGCAGAGGAGAAUGUGGGGUCAACCGGUACCCACCCAGAGUUUGGCCAAUGAAAUGGCCGCAGUUGGUUAUCAGCAGUCUAUGGAUUCGCGAUUUAGUCCUCAACCUAUCGCUUAUCAGCCGGACAUGCGCAUGUAUGCGGAUCCAACGAGGACUUGGGUCGCGCCGCAAAAGGGAUUCGUUUUGCACGACACUCAGGAACCAAGGUACCUCAACGGGGAUCAUAGUCUGUGUAAUAAUCAAAUGAGCCACCCUGGUCCGGCCAGCGUCUUUCCAGCGUCUUCGGCGCUUUUCAACCAAACACAAGCCACAUCUGCUAGUCCACAACAUCGUAACACUGUUCAUCGAAUAAGUCAGUUAAUUAGCGAAAGUCCUGAACCUAAGAGAUCAACUGUACAUCACAUCCCAAUCUCAUGUGAAAGCCCGACGGAGAAGAGGCAAGCUUUACAUACUCCCGUACCAGCUCCGCCUGUCGAUGACAUGAAGCCCCAAAAUAUAUCUUUUAUUGGCAACGAUGACGAUAUCGCACAGGGUAUUCGCGGUUUGAACAUCACGUCGGGUAGUCGUACGUACAGAAUACCAUCGCCAACUAGACCCACGAUAUCGCAGAAUUCUUUCCAACCUCAUCCGUCAUUGAGGGAGACGUCGCGUUCAGUCACUCCGGAUGUUACGCCUCUCGAUUCCACGGACCCGAACGAGAAAGGAUUCUAUAUCUCCUUCGACAAUGACGCUCCUAAGAAACCAAAACCGACCUUAAGAAUGAAAAGAACGUCUCCUAAAAAGGAACGAGGUAUGUCGUCCUAUAUUGAGCACGAAGACUUUACAAUGCACCCAGAAUCAUCUCCUGUUAACACGAUAGAAAAGCAGAAACAAGUAGAAGCUCAGCGGGAAUUGGAGCGGGAAAGAUUGCGGCAAGCCGACGAAAGGGAACAGCAAAGACAAGAAAUGAGGGACAGGGACCUUAAACGGGAAAUGGAAAGGGAACGACAGAGGGAGAAACAGCGAGACAGUAGCACAGACAGCCGACACGCUUCUGGAGUUGGUCUGGUGAUUGGGAAUCAACUUACGAAUCCCGAUCCGAAUUGUAUGGAUGAAAUGGAGAAGAAAAAGGAGAGGAUAAUGCUGAUGUCACUUCAGAGAAGGCAAAGGCAGGAAGAAAUGAAGGAAAGAAAGGAAAUUGAGGCCCAAACACGUAGGGAGCAAGAGAAACUGAAGGUGGAGGAGAGAGCUCGCAAGAAAGAGGAGGAACGUCAACGGCGAGCCGCUAUCUUAGAACACCAUAAGGUGAAGAAAGCGAUAGAGGAGGCAGAAAGAGAAGGUAAAGUAAUUGAUAAGGAGCUUUUGAAUGCAAUAAAUCCAGCAAAGUUACGUAACAAGACUGCAACCGCACGACCGCGGCCCAAAACAAUUCACGGAGACGCUGGCGCAGUGUUGGAUUCCGGGGCUCUUACACCUAGUCGCGGGAAGAAGGGUUCUUCUUCCAAUUUAAGUACAGCGUCGCUGACCUCUCCAACGAUGAGGCGAGACUACUACCGAGGCUCGCAGGAUAGUCUCACGGCUGCUCACCUUGAUGAUCGACGUUGUUCCGGCCCUCUUUAUCGGGGCGGCAGUCUCAGGGUAUCUUCCGUAGAUUCACCCGACGACGGUAGGGGUUCCUCGCCUUGCCGCAGCGUGAAUCAGCUCGGUCGACGCGGCUCCUACAAGACCUCCAGAGAUGUGCAGGAGUCUCAGCAACAAGUUAGAGGCAGGCCUAAAUACCAGACUUACCAAAACUUUAAGGGGAGAAAGUCUAAUUCCCUGAUGAAUUUGUGCGAUUCAGACAGCGGCCUGGGCAGGUCGACGCCUCCGAGACGCGCCGCCAGUCCGGGCAUAGGCAGUAUGAGGCACCUAACGUCACCUUCGGGACCCGGUUCGCUGCCACCCGCCUUGAUGACGUCGAAGAAGAGGAUCUACGAUGAUGGCAGCAGCGACAUCAGCAGCACGCCCAGUUCUAUGAUGGACUAUAACGGUCCGAGACUGUAUAAACUGCCGAUAGCCAAGUCAAAUCGGAACAUAAUGUUGAACGCUGUAGAGUACUGUGUCUUCCCCGGCACGGUAAACAGGGAAGCCAAAUCGAGGGUUCUGGAAGAGAUCAGCCGGUCCGAGAGCAAACACUUUCUCAUCCUGUUUCGAGACGCUGGCUGCCAAUUUCGCGCUCUCUAUUCGUACUGUCCCGAGAGGGAGGAAGUAGCCAAGCUGUACGGUACUGGGCCCAAACAAGUCAUCGAUAAUAUGUUCGACAAGUUUUUUAAAUAUAAUUCCAGCGGAAAAUGCUUUUCGCAAGUUCACACGAAGCAUCUGACGGUGACCAUAGAUGCCUUUACGAUACACAACAGCCUCUGGCAAGGUAAAAAGGUGAACUUACCGAACAAGAAGGACAUACCACUCGUCAUAUAGUUUUACAUAAGUGAUCACACACUUAACAUUACGCUACUGUGCCCUCUGUUGUUCAUAUAGUUACUAUUUUAAUACAGGCCCAUAUUAAAUUAAUGCGAAUACGUUGCGUUUUUAGUCAAUUUUAUAAGGACAAUUGAUCGAUGCUGACCCCAUAUAAAGAAAUAAUCACAGUUGGCGCGCGAACCCCGCGUUUCUCGAUCGCACGCCGCUUCCGAAGGGGUGGAAAAGCCGGGGGAGCGUGGUCAUAUAUCAGAGAGAAUGAGUUUCGUUUUACUUUUUUUUGCGUUAUCCGUUUUUUUUUUUUUUCGUUGAUCGUCAGCAUCAAUCACUGUGUCAUAAGAUUACCAGUAUCUACUUAUAAGACGGUUUGUUGUCAAUACACCCCUAAGAUCCUUUAAUUUUGUGGACUAACUCUCGUCAUGUAACCGCCUUGUAAUUGUGUAAACCGCUGUGUUGCGACUGCAUGGACGUACGAUUCUCAUGGAUGUAUAAUGCGAAAGUUGAUUUUUCUAAAUUUAUUUUACCAAACGAAGCGAGAGUGAGGGAGGAUGGCAACGGUGCAGCUUGUGUUCUCAUAUGUGCGUACAUGCGUAAUUUGCGAUUGACACAGGUCUUUCUGCAUCCUUCGCUAGGCUAGGGAUUCUAAAUUCAACGAUUAUUAUCUAGUGCAUUUGAAACUUUUUAAAGAAUAUAUUAAAAUAUAAUAAAACGUGCGAACAUGUGAGGGAUCAUUAAUUUUUAGAUGUGUCUCGUGCGCAAAUCGCUGACUUUGAACUUGUUUUUAUUUUCUGUAUAACAGUAUGUAACCUUGUAAAAAAGAUCCUCUUUUUUUUAUAUCAAUUUCCUUUUUUAAUCGGGGAGAAUGUUGUUCUUUUUUUUAUGUGUAUUUGCUCUUUAUAUUUUACCGAUUGAAAUACGUGUCGACAGAAUAUUCGAUGCGGCUCAAACGGAGUUGAAUUAAUGAUUUCUCAUUCUGCGUACGUUUCUCGCGACUGUUAACGAUUGUAAUGCGUAGCGCAAUUCUUGCAGUAUCCCCCUCAGCCUCCUUUUCUCUGCGGGGGAUGAAAUUUUUGCCAACGGGGUGACAACGGAUGCGAACAACGAUCAUGUUGUAAAUAAAUCAGUUCGUUGCGUAAUUAGCAGAAUCAAGUAUAAGACCAGCCUUACAAUAAAUCCAGGCAUAUGAUGCAUCUGUUUCUUUGCGACGAAAGUCGAUCGUUCGAGCUACAUUACACGUUUCAAGUUUAUACUGUAAAAAAAAACGCGUGUGAGAUAUGCGCGUGCAUUAGUUUACGCCGAAGCGGCUGUUUUAAAGCGAGCGAUGUGUUUCGUCAGAUUAGGUAAUUAUCAUUGUGUACAGAAAGUGGAUAUUGCAUAAGUAUCGUUGCCUCGCGGACAAAGUUUGUCGAAGGGCCGUCGAGAAAGGGAGGCUCGCGGUACUUUCUUUUUUCCUCCCACGCGCUUCAAUCUUUAUUAUGUAACAGGAAGGUGGAAGAUGGGCAUAGUGUCUAAACAAUUUUAUCAAUGAAACUGCGCUUUUUUCCGAACAAAGCUUUGUUAUUCAAAGUUCUCCAGUCAUAUUCUACCUUCCUCGGAAGCAAAGAAAAACAGUAUGAAGCCUUAUGUUAGGAAUGAUGUAAUUGGACUAAGUGCGUAAAAAUAUUUAACGAAUUGACAGCAUGACUUUUCUUCAAUCGUGUCUCGUACAUUACGUUUUCCCUGUAGGAAUUUACCGGCAAUCGCGACACAUCCCGCCGUCUCUCAGCGAAACUUUAGUCAGUCCGGGCGAACAGAGAAAGCGGCGGUCCGUUAUUUAUCGGAAAAACUGUUAUAAUUUAUUGUGCCAUAAAUUCGAUGUUCGCUUUUCGCGUGGGACUGGCAUCGGCUUCCUAUCUCGCUGAACGGGCCUUUUCGGUCGGAUACGUUUCUUUCAUUAUAAUAUUAUAAGAGGAGAGAAGAAGCUAAGAGAUAGGUAGACUUCAUAUAGCUAUUUUAUACGACAAUAUUGAGGGUCUAUCGUUUGUAUGAUUAUUUUCUCUCUGGUCUCGGAUUCCGUUCACGAUGACGACGUCUCCAGGAUCGUUCUUCAAUUAUUUUGUAUGAUAAGUCUUCGACUCGGUGCGGAAAGUCGUGUCGAGUAUAGGUAGACCCUCCGUAUUCCGCGACACGGCGUAACGCAAACACAAGAUUAUUAACGAUACAAUUACAAAUACAACGCGACAUAUCGAAAUCGAGUGUUCUCCGCUGAAACUGCGGAGGAAUAAUCUAUGUAUCUUCAAUUUGCAUCGGGACGUAGUCAGUUUGACCUCGCCGUCCCGCGUUUCGCCGUUCGACCAUGUGUAAUGAAAAGGACUUGUGAGAUUGUAGUAAUCGAGAGAGAGAAAGAAGUUCAUUAUUCUAUAUCCCAGUCUGUUGUAAAUUUAUCCGAGUACGAUGAUGAGAGAAAAAGAGCGAUAAGAUAGAAAAUCUUAGACUCAGAAACAGUCCGACCUGACAAUAUCGAACGUGAGGUACGCGCCAUAGAAGAAAGAAAGAAAUUAUGAAACUUUUGAGAUGAAGUGCAAGUUGCAGUAAAUUCAUGAUGAUAAUGUUUGAAAAGAGAGUGAAGAGAGAGAGAGAGAGAAAGAGAUAUAUAUGAAUUGAUUGCAAUUAAUAUAUAUAUAAAUAUAUACAUAGUCAUUAAUCUUAAGAGCCAACGAGAAUAAUGGCUUGUGGAAAUGGGAUUGAUUACAAAGUUAUGACAUUAAGAGAGAUCUCUCGAUAUUGGUCGCUUAUGCUUGAUAUUUAUAUUUUUUGAAGAAUAGAUAUUAUUAGUGAGCUGGUGAAAAAAAAAAGAAGACUUGGAUGCGACAAUUAAAUGUGGACAAAACGGAAUGGACCGAGACGGAAAGAAAGAGAGACGGGAACUCGAGGCAUACACACAUACACACACAUACACAAUUAAAGUACUGCGGCACGACGUAAAUUUGUACGCCGCAGUUAAAUCGCGCUUACUAAUAAUAAUAAACGAUUAUUGUUACGUAAUAA